CAUUCGUGGUUUGGCCAUUACACCGAUUACUUCUGCACCCAAGAUUAUAUGCCUAGAAUGCGUUGAACAAAUUCAGGGACUCUAUAAUAUGUUGGAUUCACCUCCCGGAGUGUUGGAACAGCCUGAACUCCCACAAAUGGACGUCGAAGAUGCAGCCGCCGAUGGGGUUGCCGUUGGGACCGCCGAUGGGGUUGCCGUUGGGACCGCCGAUGGGGUUGCCGUUGGGACCGCCGAUGGGUCCGCCGAUGGGUCCGCCGAUGUGUUCGCCGAUGGACUCGCCGAUUGGUCCGCCGAUGUGUUCGCCGAUGGGUCCUCCGAUGUGUUCGCCGAAGAUAAUUAACAUCACACUGACUGAAUCUCCAUGUGAUUGGAAAGAGUCCCAACUGUGGAAGUCUAGGCUUAUUCCACACCCUCCUGGCUCCUUCGCUUAAGCUCACAGCAAAUCUUUAAUGUGUCGAAUCAAAUUCGAAUACUAACAAAACGUGAAUGGGAAGAAAUGCAAAUAUCAUACAGUCCAUACAUAAACAAAUA